GGGGGCGCAGCAGCCGGCUCUCGAUGGGCAGGUCUGUGUGAAGCAGUCUACCUGUUGGAGCUCAUUGCGGGAGACGUGUCGGACUCACGCUGAUCGUGGAUCUGCGGGGAACCAAGUGCACUUACGCGGCAUGAAAAGCGCCACCAUGUCCCCCAGACUGUUCCUCUGCGCGGUGUUGGCUGUGUACCAAGGGACAAGAACCUGCUGUGGAUUUAACAUAGAUGAGCGGUUUCCCGUGAUCAAAGAGGGGAAAACCAAAGGCAGCUUGUUUGGAUUCUCAGUCGCUCUACACGAACAGCAGGGAGUCCCCAACAAGUACCUGCUUCUUACAGGAGCUCCAAAAGAGAAAUCUAAUAAUUUAAAAGAUGUCAACGAAACAGGUGCCGUCUACUCGUGUCCCAUCACAACAGACGCCACAGACUGCUCCAGAAUGGACCUGGUCAGCACAACAGAUCCAUCAGAGAGGGUGGAGGGCAUGUGGCUGGGGGUGACGGUGGCCAGUCAGAGAGACCAGUUGAAGGGACGCGUGCUGGCGUGCGGGCAUCGCUAUGUGAAGAUCAUCAAAGGCGGAGCAGAGGACCAGUUGAAGAUGAUAGGAAAGUGCUACGUCCGGAGCAACGACCUGACCUAUAACAUCAGCGAUGAAUGGCAGACCAACGCUUAUCAGGUCUGCAACCCCAACAACGAUAUGGAGGUGGAGGGCUUGUGCAACAUGGGCAUCUCAGGGGGCUUCACCGAAAAUGAUGUCUACAUCGGAUCUCCAGGCAGCUACGAAUGGCAAGGGAAUGUUCAUGUAACGACAACGUGGUGGAUUCCUGAUCCAGACAAUUUCUGGGACACCAAUACCAAAAACUUUGGUAACAUCAAAAGACGACACAGUUAUAUAGGUUACUCCGUUCUUGAGGAGAAGAAGCUGCUGAGCCAGGUCGAAUACACGGUGGUCACAGGGUCUCCCAGGGACGAGUCCAAGGGCUCUGUGAUGUUCGGGGUAAUGACAGACAGCGACAUCAAGCCGGACCUCAUCAUCCUCGGAGAACAAGUGGGCUCGUACUUUGGGAGCAGCAUAGCUGUCACCGACCUCAACAAUGACAACUGGAAUGAUCUGAUUGUGGGCGCACCGUUUUACUUUGACCGCAUGAAGGAUCAGGGAGGAGCAGUGUAUAUCUUCAUGAAUGAGAAUGGAUUGUUCCAAAAGAAAGCCAGCAUGGUGCUGAAGGGUCCGGCGGCCUCUGCUUUCGGCUUUGCAGUGGCUGCCAUUGGCGACAUCAACCAAGACGGAUUCCAAGACUUUGCCGUGGGAGCUCCAUUCCACGAAACAGGAAAGGUCUACAUUUGGAUGGGAAGUAAAAAGGGAAUCUCAGAGGAGCCCAGUCAGGUCAUUGAGGGUAAGUCAGUGGGGUCUGGAGGAUUUAACACCUUUGGCUACUCCAUCAACGGAGGUAUCGACAUGGAUGGAAACAGCUAUCCAGAUAUUUUAGUUGGCUCUCUGGACGACAAAGUGGCCCUGCUCAGGGCUCGACCAGUCAUCCACCUAACCAAGAAUUUCACGGUGAAGCCAUAUAUUGUGGACCCAAAUCAGUGUCCUGGAACUACACCAUGCAUCACAGCGACACUGUGUUUGUCUUUCACUCUAAGCAAUGGAAACAAAGACUUCAAGAAAGAUACCACGGUGACGUACACAGUGGACGCUGAUAUAGAGAGGAGGAGAAGCUCUCGUGUUCGCUUUGCAGACAAUAAUGAUGACCAAUACACCGGCACCCUCAGUCUGCCAUCUUCCAAAAAGAAGUGUCUGACUCUGAAACUGAUCGUAAUGUCACCUGUGAGGGACAAACUGGAGCCGGUGAUCUUCUCCCUCAGCUUGGCGCUACAAGAACAAAAACCUAAAACCAGACGUGCUCUGCAGAACCUGGACUCAUACCCAAUAAUCAGCCAGGAGCAGAAACUCACUCAAAAAACUGAGAUUCACUUCCAGAAGGAGUGUGGCUCUGACAACAAAUGCAGCAGUAACCUGCAGCUGACGGCCCAGUUUGGGGACAAAGAUAAAAUACCUUUUCCCAGGCAUGCCAUGUGGUACACUACAAUGUUACAGGCCUUUCUUUGUGUAUGUUCCCCCAUCUUAUGCUACUCUUUUGUUCACUUUCUCAAUAUGUUUAUUCAGGAUUACGAUGUGCAAUGCAGUUUGCAGGAGACAUUGAUGUGUGAGCUGGGGAAUCCACUUAAAGGCAAUGAAAAUGUGACACUUGCCAUCAGCUUUGAGACCUCUGGAUUCAAUUUGUACACACAAGAGAUUAAGUCCGAGCUGCUUCUGUCCACUCUUAGUGAGCAGAAUGACCUGACCCCUUUGCCUGUGGCCCUGCUGAUCGAACACACCAUCCGCCCCUCCUUUUCCACAGCAAACCCAAUGGUGCAAACACAAUUCAGUGGGACGGUGAUGGGCGAGUCAGCCAUGGCCAACGCGAGUGACGUUGGCAGUCUGGUGGAGUUCACCUUCAAUGUGAACAUGAAUGGACAGCCUCUGGGAGACAUGGGGACCCUGGCUGUGGAGUUCGAAUGGCCCUUUGAGGUAGCCAACGGCAAGUGGCUCCUGUACCUGACCAAGAUUGUGGUAAAAGGGGAAUCGGAGGAGGAAUGUAACCCUGUUGGAGAAGUGGUCAACCUGCUAAAUCUAACUUUGGCAGGAAGCAGACAAAAGCGUAUUAAACGAGAGAUCGUGGUGGAUGAUGUUAAUGCGGCAAGGCCAUAUAUUACUGAGCCUCAGGCAGCCAUCACAAUACUCUCUCCUCGCAAAGAGACCUUCCUGUUGGAAUGCUCGAAGGGGACGGCACGCUGCGUAACGUUUUCCUGUCCGCUGCGCAACAUGACCAACUCAGCCAAGAUUUAUGUCCAGUCCCGGUUGUGGAACAGCACGAUGCUAGAGGACUUUUCUCACGCUCUGAAAAUUACAGUCGGAGGUCAAGCCACUCUGAAGCUCAUUACAGAUAAACCAACCAUCAGGAUGGACAUAGAGCCCACCAUGUUCACAGUAGAAAUCCAGCCUCUGGAGGGGGUGGAGGUGCCCUAUGAGCUCCCGCUGUGGAUCAUCAUCUCUGCGGCUGUAGCAGGAAUUCUACUACUGGGAAUAAUCAUCCUUAUACUAUGGAAGUGUGGCUUCUUCCAGAGGGCCAGCAGGAGGGAGAUGUAUGAGGCCAAAGCCCAGAAGGCUGAGAUGAAGAUCCAGCCCUCUGAGACAGAGAAGCUGACCGAGGACUACUGAGGCCCCCCAUGGGUCCCCCAACAGCACACACACCAGUGGGGCUUUUGGCUUGGAUUCUUCAAGCGAGCCAUCUACUACCGGAUAAUGCCAAAGCACCAAGCGGUGAGAAUUCGCAAGGCAGAACGGUAUCAGUUCAAUCUGGGAUUUCAGUUUGAGGAGCCGCAGAAAAAGUAUUGGAUCACCAACUGGACAGAGAUGCAGCAUUACUACUACUGAGGCCUUUACUUUGGGCCCUGAAACUCUCACAGUUAUACAGGUUUGAUACGGGCCAAUCAAAGAACAUUUAGCCCGUUCAAGCCACAUUCAUGGACCAAUCGUGGAUGGUGCAUUCCAUUUUUAUUUUUUUACUUUUGGUAGAUUUCAUCAACUUUCUCAGUGCAAUAUACUAGACAGUUUGUUUCAGAGAUUGUCAUUUGUUAAGUAUUUUUUAUUAAUGCAGCGCUGGAAUCGGUGUUGCAUUCAAGAGUAAAUUGUAAAUUGAUUACAGUGUUUGCAUGUAUGUUUCCAUUGUUCUUCUUUCUGAGUCAUCCAAGCAAAGUGGCUUAUCAUUCAUCAUGUUUAUUUCCAACAUCACCAUCAGAGAGUCUAUUGAUGUUCUCUGUGAUUGUGGAUAUUUUUCCUGCUCUGUCCACAGGCAUCACUUUGUGGUCAGCAGUUGUAGGCUAUGUGAGGGUUUUAAACCUACAUCAGUCAUUAAAGGAGAACUGCACUUAGAAUAUAUUGACCCUUCUGCUACGAGUGUCUUUAUGUGAAUGUCCUCGUCAGUGUAUUUACAGUCAUGUGGAAAUGAUCUCCAAUAAGUGUCCUUAUGCCACGUAGAAAUAGUAUUUCCCUGAUAAAUACUGAGAGGUACGGAGAAACAAUUGGUACUCCUUUGUGAAUUAUACAUUUUACAGCCCGUGUUUUUAAUUAAAUUCCACGUCAAGAUUCAUACAAGCACUCCUGCAACAAGUGGAAAAGCAAUAGCUUCAUGUCUGUAUGUAGAGUUAGCCAACAUGUGUUGAGAUGAUUGGAGCACACUUGAUUAUUAUUUAUUACACUGUCUUGUGUUAUUACAGUAAAGAACCUAUCUUUAAAAAAUAUCACAAACAGGGAGUCAUGACACUGGAUUCAAUAAUAUGUCUGUAGACUGUAAGUGUGGAAAGCUACAUUUUAAAUUGUACAUAGUGACAGGUGACAGUGAAUUGACUAUUUGAAUGAAUGCUCAUGUCAUUGGCCUUUGUUGUUUAAUGUCCCUACGCUUUGUAUUUUUGUAUGAGACAGUAAGUUGACACUUGGAUUGUUUCCAAGCCACUGUGGCCCCCAUUGAGGUCAACCUGCAGCACUGAAAACGGACGGGAUCCAGAAAACAUAGUGAACAGUCUCUGGUGGGACCGAGUGUUGCGUUACCUGAGAGUCACAGUCUGCGGCCGUUACAGAGGCUGCAUUCACUCUGAGAGUAAAGACAGACAGCUGAAACCGAUGCACGAACUCUGCUCUCUGUCGUGGUGUUGUUUUUUUACUGUGCAGUUUCAAUGUAAUUAAAUUGUUUUUAACAA